UCAGAGUGUUUUGAGUGUUUUUUUUUUCGAUUUUUUGAAUAAAAAAGACAUUGUGGUGCUAGUGAAAAUACAAAACAGCUAGAGACAAAUUUAAGUAUAGUUUAGUUUUUAGUUUAAUUGUAGUAAUAGUUGCGUGAAUUGUAAUCAAGUACACAAUGACUGGAACUAUAUGCAGUGUGGCAAUUUGCAAAAGCAACGCUCAAAAAGCUAAGAGAGGAGGCGAGAAAAUUAAGUUUUUCUCUUUCCCAAAAAAUCCGGAAAUUCGCAAAGAAUGGGUUAGGAGAUGUCAUCGAAAGGAUAAAUGGGAUCCAAGAAACAAAAGGAUCUGCAGCAAGCACUUCACUGAUGGUGAUUAUCAGGACAGUCUGCAAGCAAAAUUAUUAAAUAUUCGACCAGAAAAGUUGAAACCCACUGCUGUACCAUCAUUGUAUCUUUUGCCACAAAGCACAAGUCAUCGAGGUCUCAGUAAAGGAGAAGAGAGAAAGUCCAUAAAACAGCGUAAACAAAUUGUAAAUGAAGUGUUGGAAACUGAAGAUGUACCAAUUCUAGACACUACGAGUGCUGAAAAUGCGGAGGUUGUUCCUUCCACCAGUUCUGAAUCGGAAGUGGAUAUUUUACGGAAAGAAAUAAAUACUUUGAUUAUGGAGAAUGAAAAGCUGAAGAAAUCGUUGAAGGAAAAGAACCAAGAAGUUACACAACUGCAACAGAAAAUUAGCGAAUUAGAGAGUCCUACUCGAAUAUAUGCGUCUAAUUGUGAAGAAAAGAUGAGAGAAGCCCUUUCGCAUUUUUUAACCCCAAAUCAGUUAGAUAUUGUUCUGCAAAAGAAGAAAAAAGCUCGAUGAACAACAGAUGAGUUAUCGCAAGCCUUCACUCUUAGAUAUUUUAGUAAACGAAGUUAUGAGUAUCUUCGGGAGAAACUUCAUUAUCCAUUGCCUGGGAUCUCAACUCUACAGCACUGGGCUACUAAUAUAAAUGUAAGGUUAGGUGUUUUAGAGGAUGUGUUAAGAAUAAUGGAUGUAGCGG